AUAAAACAUCUUCGCUGCUCGCUCGCUCUUUGUGAGAAUGUCGGCUGAAUUUGAGGACAGAACUAGAGACAAUGGCCCAGAAGGAAUGGAGCCAGAUGGUGUCAUCGAGAGUAACUGGAAUGAGAUCGUGGACAGUUUUGACGAGAUGAAUCUGCGCGAGACUCUGCUCAGAGGAAUCUACGCCUAUGGUUUCGAGAAGCCUUCUGCCAUCCAGCAGCGGGCUAUUCUCCCUUGUAUCAAGGGGUACGAUGUGAUUGCGCAGGCUCAGUCAGGCACAGGGAAGACUGCCACCUUCGCCAUCUCCAUCCUGCAGCAGAUUGACAUCGAGCUGAAGGGGACCCAGGCCCUGGUGCUGGCUCCCACGCGAGAGCUUGCUCAGCAGAUCCAGAAGGUAAUCCUGGCUCUGGGCGACUACAUGGGCGCUGGCUGCCAUGCGUGUAUUGGUGGGACCAACGUGCGCAACGAGGUGCAGAAAUUGCAGGCUGAGGCCCCCAACAUAGUUGUGGGAACCCCAGGCAGGGUGUUUGACAUGCUGAACCGCAAAUACCUCUCUGCGAAAUACAUAAAGAUGUUUGUUCUGGACGAGGCUGAUGAGAUGUUGAGCCGAGGCUUCAAGGACCAGAUCUACGAGAUUUUCCAGAAGCUCAGCUCCAACACACAGGUGGUGCUGCUGUCAGCUACCAUGCCUGCAGAUGUGCUGGAGGUGACCAAGAAGUUCAUGCGGGAUCCCAUUCGCAUCCUGGUGAAGAAAGAAGAGCUCACUCUGGAGGGGAUCCGGCAGUUCUACAUCAACGUGGAGAAGGAGGAAUGGAAGCUGGACACCCUGUGUGAUCUCUAUGAGACCCUGACCAUCACUCAGGCCGUCAUCUUCAUCAACACCAGGAGGAAGGUGGACUGGCUGACGGAGAAGAUGCACGCCAGAGACUUCACAGUCUCCGCCCUGCAUGGGGAAAUGGAUCAGAAAGAACGAGACCUGAUUAUGAGGGAGUUUCGCUCCGGGUCCAGUCGCGUUCUCAUCACCACUGAUCUGCUGGCCCGUGGUAUCGAUGUUCAGCAGGUGUCUCUGGUGAUCAACUAUGACCUGCCAACCAACCGUGAGAACUACAUUCACAGGAUUGGUCGAGGCGGGCGUUUCGGCAGGAAGGGUGUGGCUAUCAACAUGGUGACUGAAGACGACAAGCGCACCCUGCGUGACAUCGAGACCUUCUACAACACGACAGUGGAGGAGAUGCCCAUGAACGUGGCUGACCUCAUCUGAACACGCCCUGUUCCUCCUGCUUUUCUUUCAUCUUUUAUUAUUUUCCUUCCAUUGCCCCAGAGAUUCCCCCCCCACCCCCUUCCCCACUCUCUCUCGGCCCUAGAGACAGGGGGGUUGGGUUUGGGGGUCGCCAACGAACAUAGACUUAGAGACGGUACUCCUUUUGUGUUUUACCCACCUAGCCCUUCUGGAUGCAGCACACACAAGCCUUCCUGAUCUGUUGUGUAUAUUUGGGUCCUUUCUUUCGGGGGAUCUUGAUUCAGGAAGGGAUGGCACUUCAAAAUCCAAAACGGGGACCCUCGCUGGUAAACUGUGAAGCUCUUGUUUCACAUCGAAACUGUUCCUACACCCGUUGUUCGCUGGAUUCAAUAAAAGCUGGCGUUUUAGUCUGAUUUUUAGCUCGUGCAGCUGCUUGGAUCAAGUGAAUUAAUGCCAGUGAUGACCUUGGCUUCUCAAAAGGGGAUAGGACAGUUUUUUGCAGUUUUGAGACUGCAAGCACAGUUUGACAAGUAUUUAAAAGGGGACAGUAUGCAUUUGGACGCAGGUGUACAGGUUCGUGUUGAGGGUCAAGGCAGUAUGAACACUUUUCAGGAGUUUAGAAAUAGCACUGCAAUUAAGCUGAGCCUAAUAAAUUAAAAGUAAUUUUAAUGUUUUACUGCAUCAGUUGAUAAAUUAGGAGGGGAGGAGGAGAGGGGAGGGUAGUGGUUCAAUAAAACGCAAAAAAGUGAAUCAUGAA